AUCCCUUGCUCUAAGUUUAAGGAAAAGGAGACUCGGCUCAUCUAUUACAAGCAAAAUUUGUUCUUAACAGACGCAAGUGAACAAGUUGACAGCUCAAGACACUAUUUAAAACAAAGAAUGAUCGUCGCAUCGACGUCAACUAGAACAGCAGCAAUUGCCUACCUUUUGCUCUUGGCCUUCUCAUUGGCCAAUACCGCCAUCAUCAACAGGUCAGGUGAUGAUCAGAGCAACGAGAACAACGUCGUCGACAUUGACGACGCCAUUGCCGAAAUGUCGGACAUUAUUGAUGAAGGCAAUGAUCCUAAAGUUGUGGCGUUGUACGAUGUUCUAAAGGAAAUUCUCGUUGCACCAGCUGAGCCGAAUCAAUCAACGGCCCCAAUCAGGAAGAGGACGUGCUACUUCAAUGCGGGAAUGUCUCACAGCUGCGAUUACAACGAGGUGCUCAGAACGGUGGACGACGUCAACCACUGGAGCAGCGACGACACUCCGGGCAGGCGCCGGAAGCGUCAACAUAGCUCUACACGCCGUGGAAGGGCGCCAACAACACGUUCGUUGGAUGGACGUUCAACAUUUUGAGGAGAAAUCCUUCAUCCCCCACGCCGAGAAGAACUCAUCCCGACCUUGACACAAAGCUUAAAUUCCUUCUUUUAUUUUGUAUACUUCCUUUUUCGUCGUUUCCCAUCUUCCACGAAAUCCGGAUAUCCAUCAGGUGAGAUCUUUUGCACUUUGUUUAUUUUAACAUUUUGUAGACGUCCGUUUGGCUGUGCUCUCUGCCAUCGUGACGGAUGAUAAUGAAGUGAAGGCAGUUGGA